AUGCCAUACCUAAAUUCACCUUGCAUAUCUAGCGAGAGGACAUUUGAGCAGGGCAAGCAGGGCAAGCAGGGCGAGGAGGCACUAUUCAGUCGCGACUGGCAGGGCAAGGAGGAGUAUAGAGGACUCGGUUAUCAGCGGGAAUACCAGGCAAAACUGAAUGCGGCGAGAGAGCGAGAAGCCGACAUGGCGCACCACGGAAGACACCCGGCAAAACACAUAGACCAUUCCUCGCACACCUUCCUCCCGAAUAGCGGUUCUGCCAACGAAGCCGGCCCCGCCGCCGCCAACGGUACGACGAUGUCUGGAGAUGAAGCCGGCCCUGCCGCCACCGCGUACAAUUAUGACGUCCAUCCUGAAAAUGAAGCCAGCCCCGCACUGGAAGACUGGCAUCAUGUUACGUUUACGUCCCCAGAUGUUAGCCCUCGGGGCUCAUCCCUCCCCCCAGAUGAACGUAUCCCGACGAACUUCAAUCCAUACUUCCCAUUUUCCACCGAAGAAGAGUUCGGCUUUGCAAAGAUAGUGAUAGAAGGAAAUCUGAGUGCGGAGGUCGUCGACACGUUUCUGAAAGAAGAUUGUGGGUUUAAGGAUGAGAUAAGGGCUUCGUUGAGGUCCUAUCACCAUAUACGGCCGAUGCUCGAUGUAAUGCGGGCCCAACGCGGGGAAAGCUUAUCGCGGGAAAGCCAGGACGAGGCCCCGGAAGAGUCGAGUGUGUGGCCAAGCCAAGGCCCGGGAAGAGUUGAGUUUCCAAGGUUAAGGCUGGGGCCGGUUUCAAGGCGCGGCCGAGGCAAGGCCCCGGAAGAGUCGAGGGUGCUGUCGAGUCGAGGGAGAGGACGGGGGUCUGUGAGCAGGGCGGAUACGGCCUUUAUGUAG